UGAAUCUCGGUGCAAGUCCAUCGUCACUUUCUCAGGCCAUCCGACAGGGCCAAGAACGGGUACCUAAUGCUUUAGAUCCAAGCCCGAAAUUGCCUGGUUUCAAUAUCCCCGGAUCUUCCUAGACAAUCUAUAACUUAGUCUUGGCUUCCUAUUUCUAAUCGAUUGUACAUACAGAAUAUUUGGUGACCGCUUUACUUCUCUAUAUUGUGCAUCUAUUUUUAUCUAUUGCUCUUAUAGACGAGGCAGAGGCCUGAACAUUUUCUACCUCUUCACUUAUACCGCUACUUGAAGCUAGGCUACCUAUUUGCUUAUAAUACCGUGUCGCGUGUGCGUCAUAGGUCGAAAUUGCAACCCCAAAAGGCGGAGGGGAGAACUAACAAGCCCCCAACCUUGGAAGCUAUCCUACCUACCAACGACAACGACGACGACGACGACAAGCUACCAAACAGCCACAACAUGCCGCUCCCAUCCCUAUCGACCCUCGGCAUCCUCGCCGUCAUCCUCCCACUGCUAUACAUCUACACAGCAUCAGUAUCGCAGACACGGCUCCCAAUGCUACGCGGCAAGCGCAUCUGCCUGCUGAUCGCCCACCCGGACGACGAAGCCAUGUUCUUCGCCCCCACCGUCCUAGCCCUCACCCGCCCCGAACACGGCAACCACCUCAAGAUCCUAUGCCUAAGCUCCGGCAACGCCGACGGCCUCGGCGAGACGCGCAAGAAGGAGCUCGUCAAGAGCGGCAUGUUACUAGGUCUCGCCCGCGAGGACGAUGUCCUAGUCUACGACAGCCCUGACUUCCCCGACUCCAUGACCACAACCUGGGAAUCCUCCAAAAUCUCCGCCCUCCUAAGCAGCGCCUUCGCGCCCCGCCUAGCCACGCAAAAGUCCUCCUCCGAGAACCUAACCGCCCCAAGCGCCACCAUCGAUGCCAUCAUAACCUUCGAUUCCAGCGGCGUAUCCUCGCACCCGAACCACAUCUCCCUGUACCACGGCGCGCGCGCCUUCGUCUCCUCGCUAACCCGGGGCAAGCCCGGCUGGGCAUCGCCCGUAGACCUGUACACGCUAACCAGCGUGGGCUUUCUGCGCAAGUAUACCGGAUUCCUAGAUAUUUUCGCGACCGUCAUGUCGCUUGCGUUUGCCGGGCCUGGCGGUGUUAAUAAGAAGAGCGAUAAAGGCAACCCGGGUGCUCUGGUUAGCGUGAGCGCGCUGGCCGGUGGUCGGGAGAGCUACGGGACGGCGCGCCGGGCUAUGACGGAGGCGCAUAAGAGCCAGAUGGUCUGGUUCCGGUGGGGUUGGAUCGCGCUGAGCCGGUACAUGUACAUAAAUGACCUGAGAUUAGAAAAGGUCAAAUCGUAACCAUUCUCUAUAGUGUUACGAAUGAUUAAUAUAUGUGAAAAUAGCAAG